CGCGGCCGCGGGCGGGGCAAACUGGUCGCUCCCUCCUCCCUCGGGGAGCUGUUGGACCUGUUGUCCCCCCCCUCCACUUCCGGGAUGCUGGGGAGGGGGACAGAGCAGCUUCUCUCUCCUCCCUCUUCCCCAGCCACCUGUCCCGCAGACUGAAAAGGCAGCGCCCAGAGCGCAGAGCGCAGAGCGACCAAGCCCGCCGAAGCCUGAGCCGGUCCCGCCUCCUGGAGCUCUUUCCGAGCGCCCGAGCGCUCGGGAGCCUCCUGGGCCGCAUCCUCACGCUGCCAGGCCACGCCCCCGGAACUCGGGCCCGCCCACUCCGCUGGAGCACCGAGCGGCCAUGGGGACGCCGAGCGGCCGGGACGAGGGGUGCCAGCCGCCUCCGGUCCCGGAGGGCGACGCGGAGGUCCCGCCCCAAGGGGCUGCGCAGCCCCAGGUGCACCCCGAGGACCCCCACGAGCCGGAGGCGCCCGAGGCCCCGGAGGAGCCCCAGGGAGUGAAGGAGCUUCCGAGCGGCCGAGGAGCUGAGCAGCAGGCUGAGGAAGAGGAAGAAGUGGAAGAAGGCAGCAGCACGGAGAGCAGCCGCGACGCGCGGGAGGCUCGGUCCCCGGCACAGACCCCGGCCACGCCCCCCGCAUCCACCCAGCCUGGGGAGGGGGUGCGAGGGGCGGCGCGGCGGCUUCGAGAGCAGCAGCUGGAGGCACUGACCCGCGUGGCCGUGAUGGAGCAGCGAGUGAAGGAACUACAGCGCCAGAGGAAGGAGCUGAGGAUCGAGAUGGAGGUGGAAGUGGCCCUUCUGCGGGGCGAGCUGGCUGGGGAGCGGGUGGCUGCCCGGCGCGAGGAAGAGCAGCUCCGGGAGCUGCUGGAACAGCAGGGGGACACGAAGCGGGGCAACCACGAGCAGCAGGAACAGCAACAGAGGCGGCUGAGCCAGGAGCGGGAUCGAGUGGAGGGUCUUCGCCAAAGACUCCAGGAGGCCCAGGGACAGCUCGACUCCCAGCCGGAGGACCAGCGAGAGCGGCUCCUGCAGGGAGUGCAAGAGGAUCCAGGCCUCCAGUGUUUGCAUUCCCACCCACAGAUGAGGGAACAGCUAGAUGUGGCCCAGUGUGCCUACGAGGACCUCGAGUUCCAGCAGCUGGAGCAGGAGAGCAGGCGGGAGGAGGAGGACCGGGACAGCCCUGGGGCCCGGGCACUGGACCCCAAGGUCCGGGAACUCCAGGCCAGUGUGGCACAGCACAGGCACCGGAUCCAGGUCUUAGAGGAGCAGCUCAAGUCGCUGGGGGGGCAGAUGGCGGCUGAGAGCAGGGGGCUGAGCCGGAAGAAGGACGAGGCCCUUCAGGCCCUGACGCAGGAACGGAGCCGCCUGCUCGAGCUUAAUUGCCUCCAAGGAACCCCAGGUGGAGACUUCUCUGAGUCCAACCGGGCCCUCACAAAGCUCCUGUUCACCCAGAAGACGGACCGCCAGCUGCUGGUGCUCCAGGACCCCACCACCCACACUGCCUCUAACACUUCCUCCUGCCUCUUCUCGGUCCACAGCUCCCUGCAGGGCUCCAUCGGCCUCCAGAGGACUGGAAGCCUGCCCCGGAAGAGGGGAGAGAGAGCGAGCCAGAGGGGAUCCCCCCGACCUCUGUCCCUCCACUACACUGGACCCCUCGAGUCCUCGGCCCUCCCACCAGCAUCAGGAGACUCUGGAAGACACCCGCUCUAUCAGCUGCUGAACGGUGGCCCUGGGAAUAGGUCUCUGUUCCCUCCUCCCAGCUGUGGGGCCCUCCAUCCAGACAUCGCCCGCAUGGAGCGGCUCCUGCAGCAGGCUGUGGCAGAGAGGGAGCGACUGAUCAAGGCCAGGGAAGGGAUGAGAAGAAGCAAAGAAGGUUCCUCGGGCCUUGCUGUACCUGCCAUCAUGAUUUUUAUUUAUUUUUAGUAAUCUCUACACCCACCGUGGGGCUCAAACUCACGAUCCCAAGAACAAGAGUCGCAGAGACGCACACUCCACCAACUGAGCCAGCUGGGCUCCCCAGUGAUUAUCAGUCUCGAAUCUUGUCUCAGUUGCCAACUUUGUUGUACUGAUCCCUCACCUACUUCCCACCGUGCACUGGAAUAUUUUAAAGCAGAUUCCACAUAUUGUAUCAUUUCCUCCAUACCUCACCUGUGUAUCUCCGAUAGAGAAGUUUUCUGUUUAACGUAACAAAAGUGCCAUUGCCAUACUUUAGGAGAUGAUUAAUAAUUCUGUUACAUCCUAAUAUGUGAUCCACAUUCACAUCUCCCUAAUUAUCUCUGAAAUGUCUUUUUAUGGUUGGUUAUUUGAAUCUGGAUCCAAGAAAGUCCACAUAAUGCAUUUAAAAUGUCUUCUAAAUCUCUGAGAUGAAGAGUCCUCCCUCCCUACUUUAAAAAAAAAAAAAUGCCAUUUAUUUGUGGGGGAAAAAAAUUGAGUCAUUUAUCCUGCAGAGUUUUGCACAUUCUGGAUUUAGCUGACUGCUCCUUAUUAAAAUUUUAUUUUUACCCCUGCUAAUAGCAUGAAUACAUUUUUUUUUUAAAGAUUUUAUUUAUUCAUUCAUGAGAGACAGAGAGAGAGGCAGAGGCAGAGGGAGAAGCAGGGUCCCCGCGGAGCAGGGAGCCCAAUGUGGGACUCGAUCCCAGGACGCCGAGAUCAUGACCUGAGCCGAAGGCAGACGCCCAACCGACUGAGCCACCCAGGCAUCCCGCAUGAAUACAUUUUUGUUAUAACAAAUGCUACUGAAUUUGGGGAAGCAAGGGUCUCCCCAUUGUACUUCAGGAGGCACAAGUGUUUCCUCUUGUUGAAAAGGCUUCAAAUCUUUUUUUUUUUGUAAAUAUUUUAUUUAUUUUAUUAGAGAGAGAGAGAGCACGAAAGGGGGAGGAGCAGAGGCAGAGGGAGAAGCAGACUCCCCACUGAGCAGGGAGCCCAACGCAGGGACCCCAACGCAGGGACUCGAUCCCAGGACCUUGAGAUCAUGACCUGAGGCGAAGGCAGACGCUUAACGACUGAGCCCCCCAGGCGCCCCCUUCGAAUCUUUUUGAAUACUUUUCCACAUACACUGAUCAAACCCUUUUUUGUGAAUUUAUUUUUCCCGUAAGCCAGCACAUUGUUCUCAAUCUGCUUUUUGUUUUCUCAACCAUCUGUCCUUUUCUUCUUCUUCUUCUUCUUCUUCUUCUUCUUCUUCUUAUUUUAAUGUUUCCUUUAUUGAGUGCCUACUGUGUGGCAGGCCUAGGGUCACAACAGUGACCCGAAUAGCAAUCCCUGCCCUGGGGGAAGCUGGCAUUUAGAGGCAGAUGGACAGAAAAAGCAGCUUCAGUAAGUGAAAUUUUAAGUAGCCUGUCAGGUGCUGAUAAGCAGCAGGGAGUAAAAUAAAGCAGGCAGGGCAGUGGAGCCUUCCGGGCUGCCAGGCAUAAGCUCUACCUCAUUAAAAAUGAAGCACUCCUGCUCUGGAGCAUCAUCACUUAUUAAACAGCCCCCUGCUCUGUCCGCCCCCGCCCCCGCCCCCACCCCCAUUUCACCCCAAGCUGUUUUCUUCUGCGCACGCGCAAGUGUUUCUCUGGGAUUCGCACCUAGAAGCGCCGUCCCGGGAUUGGAGAGCCUGACCUCGAGCUCGUCCUUGAAAACAGUCUUGUGAGGAGGGUACUGUGAUAGCCCCCGAAUUUCAGCGACGGGGAAACUGAGGCUCCGAGAGGGGCAGGGGUUCCGUGGGGGUGACAUGGUGGGCGACGGUGGAGUCGAGAGUCCCGAGCCCACCGGCUCUCCUGGAUUGAAGCCCCCGUCCUGCCACGUCCUACCUGGGUGACCUUGGUGAGCCACUGCCUCUCUAGAAGCCUCAGUUGCCUCACCUGGCAAAUGGGGACAAGAGAUAGGGGUUUUUUUGUUUGUUUUUGUUUUGGGAGAGGAAAGGAGGUGAUCACUGUGAUCACUUGGCACAGUGCCCAACAGGGAGUGGGACCUUUCAUACACAUUGGUGAUCCUUAGUGUAACUUUUUAAUUUGGCCACAGGACCCACAGACGAUUCCAGGCCCCAGUGGGUGCCCUUUUAACUGCUAACUGCUCCUUCCCCUCCUACGCAUCUCCCCUCUGCCUAGCUCUUCCCAUCUCCAUCCAGUGAGUCUCCUCUCUGUUUCUCAUCCCUCCUUACCCUGCCCUCGCCUCUGUUUUCUCAACUCAUUUUCUCAGCCCUUGAUACCCGAGGUGUGGUCCGUGGACCAGCAGCAUUGGUGGCCUGGGAGCUUGUUGGACCUGCACAACCUCCCCCCAACCCCUGGCUGAACCCGAGGCUGCAUUUUAACAAAAUCCCUUGUGGGUCUGCCUGUUCGCUCAAGUCUGAGGCACACUGCUCUGAGCCUCAGUGUGACCAUGGGGAUCAUUACCGUUCUUUGCAGGGAUCAGAACAGGUACAAUCAGGCUGGGCCUCGUACACACUAGACACUUUCAUUGCCUUGGUUCUCCCCUUUCUGGCCUGAGAUGACACUCUGCUGGCGAGUCCUGGCUUGGUCAGCUCUCGCUAUGUGACUUGGGCCUAGUGACUUAACCUCUCUGAGUCUUGCUUUCCACAUCUGUAAAAUGGGGGUAAUGAUGUACUUACCUCCCCCCUCCACUUUUUUUUUUUUAACUUACCUCCCAAGAGAGUUUGAGAGGGCAGAGGGAUUAUACCUAUAAAGUGCUUAGCACAGGAAAUAAUCGCUGAUUUCAUCACAACAAGAAUAACAACAACAGUAAUGGAAACCACUCUCAUGUAGGGAUCACUUACUUGGUCCCUGUUUCACAGUAUAUGAGGGUCCCACUGGGCUCCCUCACUUCUCUGCCAUACCUCUUGUGCUUCAGGGUGAGCUCUGGGGGCAGGAAGACCUGGGUUUGGGUUUCAGCUCUACCCCGUAGAAGCUCUAGGUGACCUCGGGUGGAUCAUUUUACCUUUUUUUUUUUUUUUAAACGAUUUUAUUUAUUUAUUUAAUUGACAGAGAGAGAGAGACAGCGUGAGAGGGAACACAAGCAGGGGGAGUGGGAGACGGAGAAGCAGGCUUCCAGCUGAACAGGGAGCCCGAUGCGGGGUUCGAUCCCAGAACUCUGGGAUCAUGACCUGAGCCGAAAGCAGUAGCUUAACCAACUGAGCCACCCAGGCGCCCCUCAUUUUACCUUCUUGUACCUCAGUUUGUUCAUCUGUAAAAUGGGGCUCCAGUAGCCCUGUCCCAGGGGCAAUCAUGGGGAGUCAAGUUGUUGCUGCUAGUAAGACGGGGGCAGGGUGUCCUAGUCACUGAAUGGAGCUGCCAGAAUCAUUCUCAUGAUUGGCAUUGUUGAUAUGGCUGGUUAAAGGCUGUGGCCGGCCUUACAGGGGAACAGGGGAGCAGGACCCCCCACCCCGGCUGCUGGACCACCCCCUCCGUGACCCUUUGAUGUCAGCUGCCCCCUUCUC